AUGUCAUUAAACUCAUCUGAUGCAAAUCUCAUUCUAAACUUGAAUUUGAUCUCAGCUCAUAUCAAUCGUUAUUUAUCGAUUAUCAUUCUUCUUUUUGGUACUGUAGGUAAUAUUUUCAAUUGUCUUGUUUUAUCUCAAAAAUCUCUUCGUAAAAAUCCAUGUUCCUGGCUUUUUCUUGUAUCAUCAAUUAUCAGUUUGAUUACUCUCAUUUCUGGUGUUGCCGUUCGUUUAAUGGCUGGUUGGUCAGCAGAUUUAACAGACACAGUUCCAUGGCUCUGUAAAUUUCGAAUCUUUGUUCUAUUUGUUUCGAGAACGAUUGCUUCGUGGCUGAUCAUGUUGGCAACGCUUGACAGAUGGUUGGCAUCAUGUAUUGAUGCCAAUCGUCGUUACAUGAGUACAUUGAAGAAUGCUCAACGUGGCACACUUCUCAUUGUGUUUCUAUCAAGCCUUGUCUAUGCACAAAUAUUCUAUUGUUAUGAAGCCAAUCUCAGCAAUGCUCCAUUGAAAUGUUAUGGAAAAACAAUAUGGUGCCGUCUAUUAAUUGAUUUCACAUUUACUGUAGUUAGCAUUCUCAUUCCUUCUUUGCUUAUGUUUAUUUUUGGUUUGAUGACCAUUUUAAAUAUACGUCAUAGUGCUCAACGUCGUAUACAACCUAUGAGUAUUUCAUUAAUGGUGCAAGAAAUGACAAUAAAUGGACAACAACAACGUUGGAAAAAAACUGAUAAACAUUUGCUUUAUAUGCUACUGAUUCAAGUUAUUCUUCUCACAUUGUUUUCAUUACCACAGGCGAUCCAAAACAUCUACGCAAACAGUACGAGAAAUGAAUCAAGAACACCAUUACAGAGCGCCAUUAACAAUUUUGUUUUUAACUUGUUUCUUUUACUUACCUAUGUAACUAAUGGAAUGCCGUUCUAUAUUUACACAUUAGCUGGUGGAACCAUAUUUCGAAAAACACUUUUAGAUGUUUUACGUAGAGCAACUCGAAAGAUCAUAUGUUGA